AUGAUGCUGUUCAUUGCUUCUGUCGCGGGCUUUUCUUUCGCUUCGAUUGCGUUGGCGACACCUUUUCAUCUCAAUACUCGCCAGAAUGCGUCUUCGCCUUGUGCAUUGGUGAGCGCAUCUGCUGCUGCACAAACGGCGGCCGCUGUGCCAACCGUUCCCGCUCAGUUGGCGUACGAUUGUAUCACGAGCGUGCCUUUCAACAAGAGUGCGGCAUUGAGCUUGCUAGACGCAAUCGUUCCUUAUUUCCGGUGGCAAUCGACAACGGCGUUCCUCAAAGAUCCUCCAGAGGAGUACAUCGAGAAGAUCCAGGAUGCUGUUGAUGUCUGGGGAGGACUAGAGAGCAUCAAGUCAAAAGUCGAGGGCAGUUCGUAUGCGAAUGAAUUCGAGUUUGGCUGGGCACUUUACAGAUUAUUGCAAAGCACGCAUGACGGCCACUUCGUUUUCAUACCCGACGUAAUCGGCACAGUCUUCAAUUGGGCACGACCAAUCCCGCUCGUAUCCGUCUCUGAAGAUGGGAAAGCGUUGCCCAAGCCUUAUGUGUAUCCUGACGUAUUAGCUUCUUCUCUUGGGAACGCCUCCUUCACGCCUUCUGCUAUCUCGACUAUCAAUGGUCAGAAUGCAAAAGAGUAUCUAGAGAAUUGGGCCCAGUACGGGUCACUCCAGGAUCGAGAUGCUCUGUAUAACAAUGUCUUCUAUGAGCUGGCCGUCGUUUCGUUGGGUCCAUCUGGAGCGGGGAUGGGGAGUUUCACGGGUGGUGGGAGAGGGAGAUGGGUAAGUACAAACCGCCAAUUCCUUUGCCAAUUGGAUCUUAUACUUACCAUUCCAACCAAGGUCUAUCCGGGGCCGACGACGGAACUCGGUUUCGAAAAUGGUACAACGACCACAUACAACAACUACGCCAAAGUGCUAGUUUCAUUUGCAGGAGUCACGGAUGGCGAAAGUCUCUAUAAGAAAUGUACCCCCGCACCAGGUUAUCCACCACCCAUUUUCAAGGAGUCGCACAACCUCAUCGGAGGGUAUUACUUGGAAGGUGACUACUCCGACGUAGCAGUACUCUCCGUACCUUCUUUCGUUUCUCUAGACUCCGCCGAAAUCCCCUUCCAGCAGGUCAGCGAGCAAUUCCUCGCGGCAGCAAGAGCAGCGGGCAAGAAAAAAUUGAUCGUAGAUGUUUCAGCGAAUGGCGGUGGCACCAUUCUCCAAGGCUACGAUCUCUAUAAACAGCUAUUCCCUGCUCUUAUUGGCUAUGCCGCUGGCGACCGAUUCAGAGCCUUCGAAUCUACUAAUAUAAUCGGAAAAAAGUUCUCCAAUGUUGCUGAGGGACUUCCCCGAGUCCUCGAAACUAGCAACGACACCUUACUUGAACUAGAAUACGACGUCGUAUCCUCCGUCUUCAACUACCAAACCGACAUGACGACCGACGGGAAGAACUUCCCCGACUGGCCCGCCAAAUUCGGUCCAGUGCACCAACACGGCGAUAACUAUACCAACCUUUUUCGAUGGAAUUUGUCGGAUAUCUUGACCCCGUUGAACUCAGGUGGCAUAUAUGUCCACGGCUACAGCAACAUAACCAACUCCACCCAGCCGUUCCCCGCCAAGGACGUUGUCGUCGUCACAGAUGGUUACUGCGCAUCAACCUGCACCAUUUUCUCCGAACUCAUGCGGCAGCGCGCAGGCGUAAAGUACAUUUCGCUCGGUGGGCGUUCGAAACCCGGCAUUACACAAGCCGUCGGCGGUGUCAAGGGCACAAACAACUUUCCCUGGGAUUACAUCCAAUAUCUGGCUCAAUACACUGUAACCAACAUCUCCACUGCCGCUGAAGGUGCAGAACUCAAUGCCACUGAACUCGGCCAGUAUUGGAGCAAUGUCCCCUUCGACCGCAUGGCCAUCGGCAGCGCCAUCAAUGUCAAUUUCCGCGACGGUAUUCGCGACGGCGAUGACACAAAUACGCCGCUGCAGUUCGUUUACGAACCCGCAGACUGUCGGAUUUUGUAUACAAAGGAAAUGACGGUGGAUGUUACUGCGAUUUGGAAAGCGGUUGCAGAUUCGGCGUGGGGUGCGACGAAUCGUUGUGUUGCUGGGGACCUCGGUGGGUAUGGGAAGAGGGAAUUGAGGAGGGGGUUCAGGGAGAAGAGGUGGGAGGAUAGGGCGUUGGAGAGGAGGAUGGAGGUUUGGAGGAGAGGGUUGAGUGUCAAGGAUUAUCCGUUGGAUGUUUUUACGGACCCGAGGCAGACUUUGAAUGGGAAUGGGAUCAUGUAUCCUUAG